AUGUCUUCUCACAGCCGCCAGAAUCCGCUGGGACUUCUCAUUGCCCUGGAUGACAAUAACAACGCGACCGGAGACUUUUUCUGGGAUGAUGGAGAAUCCGCAGGUACUGUUGAAAGCGGUCUCUACAUUUACUACGAGUUUAUCGUUUCUGAUAAUACCUUACAAAUGAAUGUCAUAAACAACAGCUACACUGAUCCAAACAACCUGAUGUUUGAAGAAAUCAAGAUCUUGGGGUUGCCCCUGGAACCAACAGAAGUCACCGUAACUCUGGACAAUGUUGUGCAAAGUUCUUCUCCCAAUAUCACCUAUGAUCGUUCAGCCAAGGUCGCCCAUAUAACAGGACUCCAGCUCCAGCUGGGAACAUCCUACAGGGUACAGUGGAAUCAAGUAUCCAGUAUCAAUGAAAGAUACGACUGCUACCCCGGCAUUAAUGCCACCCAGGAGAAGUGUGAGGAGCUCGGCUGUGUCUGGAACGAAGUAAUCUCGGACGUGGAUAUUCCGCCCUGCUACUACAGCACUGACAACCCUUACUCCGUUGAUCAAGUUGAAUACUCUGCGGAUGGCCUGGUAGCCAACCUCACCCUCGACAACGUCAACACCAAAGCGUAUGAGAACGCAACGCAACCUAUCAGCACGCUGCGCUUGGAGGUGAAAUACCACGACAACAACCUGCUGCAAUUUAAGAUCUACGAUUACCAAAACAAAAGAUACGAGGUUCCAGUGCCACUAAACGUGCCCAGCACCCCCUCGAGCACUGUUGAGGGUCGGCUCUACGACGUGUCCAUCCAAAGGAAACCCUUUGGGAUACAGGUUCGGCGCAAAAGCACAGGCACAGUCAUCUGGGACUCUCAACUCCCCACCUUCACGUUCAGUGACAUGUUCAUUCAGAUUUCUACCCGCUUGGCAUCGCAAUACAUAUACGGCUUCGGCGAGACCGAACAUACCAUGUUUCGGCGUAACAUGAGCUGGAACACCUGGGGUUUAUUCACAAGAGACCAGGCUCCCACUUACAAGUUGAAUUCAUACGGCUAUCAACCAUUCUACAUGGCCCUGGAAGAAGAUGGCAAUGCCCAUGGAGUUCUCGCUUAACUGCUGAACAGCAAUGCCAUGGAUGUGACAUUCCAGCCCACUCCAGCUCUGACCUACCGCACGAUCGGGGGCAUCCUGGAUUUCUACAUGGUUUUGGGCCCAACGCCAGAGCUCGUGGUUCAGGAAUACACUGCACUCAUCGGCCGGCCGGUCAUGCCACCCUACUGGUCCUUGGGAUUCCAACUGUGCCGCUACGGAUACAGCAACGACUCGGAAAUCGCCGAGCUGGUGGCUGCAAUGAAGGCAGCUGGCAUUCCCUAUGAUGUUCAAUACGCGGAUAUUGAUUAUAUGGAGCGGCAAAUGGACUUCACCAUUAGUGAAAAAUUUGCUGGAUUGCCAGAUCUAGUUAACAAAAUAAAACAAGAAGGAAUGAGAUUCAUCCCUAUCCUGGAUCCAACUAUCUCUGGAAAUGAAUCAAAUUACCUCACCUUCACAAGAGGUGUGGAGAAGGAUGUCUUCAUAAAAUGGCCCGAUACCGAUGACAUUAUAUUCUCAAAGGUUUGGCCAUUUCUUCCCAACGUAGAAGUAAAUGAGACACUGCCUGAGCAAACCCAAAUACAGCUCUACGGAGCCCACGCUGCUUUCCCAGAUUUCUUCCGCAAUUCCACAGCGGAAUGGUGGAAGCAGGAAAUCGCAGAGUGCUACAACAACCCCACCAAUGCCUCCAUGAGCCUCAAGUUUGACGGCCUGUGGAUCGACAUGAACGAACCUGCAGCCUUCAUGGAUGGUGCCAUCGGUGGGUGUAGAGAUGAUGUCCUAAAUUACCCACCAUAUAUGCCUCAUUUAGGAUAUCGCUCAGAUGGAUUAAUUGUCAAAACUCCAUGCAUGGAAGGGCAGCAGUAUCUUGCCGAUGGCACCCCGGUGAGACACUAUGAUGUCCACAGUCUCUAUGGAUGGUCCCAAACAAGACCUACCCUUGAGGCCGUGCAGAGCGUCACCAAGGAGCGGGGCAUCGUCAUCACCCGCUCGACCUACCCCAGCAGCGGCCACUGGGCAGGACACUGGCUCGGGGACAACACGGCCGCCUGGGACCAGCUCACCAAGUCCAUCAUCGGUAUGAUGGAGUUCAGUCUCUUUGGCAUCUCUUACACCGGAGCAGAUAUCUGUGGCUUCUUCAAUGAUGCUGAGUACGAGAUGUGUGUCCGCUGGAUGCAGCUGGGCGCCUUCUACCCCUACUCCAGGAACCACAACCAGAAAGGCACGCGGAGGCAAGACCCUGUGUCCUGGAACUCAACGUUUGAGGACAUUUCCAGGGACGUGUUGAAUAUCAGAUACACUCUGUUGCCCUAUUUCUACACGCUAAUGCAUGAAGCCCAUGUCCACGGAAGCACUGUGAUCCGACCCGUGCUCCAUGAGUUUGUGGAAGACAGAACAACAUGGGAAAUAUAUGAACAGUUUCUCUGGGGACCGGCACUGCUCAUCAGCCCUGUGUUGCAGCCAAAUGCUGUAACAGUGGAUGCUUACCUUCCCGAUGCCCGCUGGUAUGACUACCACACGGAUGAACUUUCUACAGUCAGAGGCGAAUUCACAACAUUAUCAGCUCCUUUGGAACACAUCAACCUUCACAUCCGAGGAGGUUACAUUCUUGCCAGGCAAAGCCCUGCUAAUACAACUUUUUACAGCCGACAAAACCCAAUGGGACUUACUGUUGCUUUGAAUGACAGCCAGCUUGCCCAAGGGCAGCUCUACUGGGAUGACGGGGUUCGCAUCGAUGCCUACGAAGAUGGGGCAUACCUGCUAACGACAUUUACUGCUGAUCAGAAUGGUUUGGAGAUCAGCGUGGUGCACCGGGGUUACGCCGACCCCAAUAACCUGGUGUUUGAGGACAUCAAGGUGCUGGGGCUGAGCACAGCAGUGCAGCUGGUGACGGUAUUGCAGAAGGGGGACGCCAUCCUCUCCGAGCACAAUGUCAACUACGAUGGCACGAGACAG